AUGCAUAUACGAAUUAGCAAACCUAUAAAAGAUCAAAUAAGCUUUUAUAAUCGCAAGGGUUUUUAUUCAGUCCUUGUGCAGGGAGUAGUUGACAGCCAAAUGAAAUUUAUAGACGCAUUUGUCGGUUAUCCCGGCAGUUGCCAUGAUGCGGCUAUGUGGAACGCAAGUCCGUUAAAAGAGGCAAUUACGAAUGGUUCCAUCGUUGUUCCACUAGACAACCAUUUAAUUGGUGAUGGCGCAUAUGCGUUGCAAACGUAUAUGAUGGUACCUUUUAAGGAAAAUGGAUUUCUCACCGAAUGUGAGAGCAAAUAUAAUACCGCUUUAAGUUCUACUCGCGUGUUUGUAGAGCAGGCAUUCGGUAUUUUAAAAAAAAAGUGGAGGAUGCUAAAUCAUCUAGAAUUACAAAAUAUAAAGGUAUCAAAGACCAUAAUUAUGGCAAGUAUUGUACUCCACAAUAUUAUUAUUGAUAACGAAAGAGUAACCAUAAAUGAUAUGUGCGAAGUGGAAACUGAUGCUGAUGCUAUUGAUACUGCCGAAUCCAGUAUACUUGAUUUUUAA